AUGGGAAAUCGAACAGUCCUGCUGGAUAAUCAAUGGAUUGUCCCAUACAACAAAUUCCUCUGUGCAAAAUACAAUUGCCACAUCAAUGUGGAGAUUUGUGCCAGUAUCAAAGCAAUCAAAUAUUUAUUCAAGUAUGUCUAUAAGGGCCAUGACAAAGCAACAAUUGAAAUUACUGGAGAACAUCAGGAUCAUGAAACAGAAGCUAAGCCAAUUGUGAUUGAUGAGAUUCAUAAUUUCAUUGAAGCCUGUUGGGUAUCAGCCCCAGAAGCAAUCUGGAGAAUCCUAGGAUUUAACGUGAGUGGAAUAAAUCCUGCUGUCACACAUUUGCAGGUACAUCUUCCCAAUCAACAAAGAGUUAUUUUCAAUGAAGAUGUUAAUUUAGUAGUAGUUGCAACCAGUCGAAUUCAACAAACAUCACUCACUGAAUACUUUAAAAUGAACAAUCAAGAUCCAGAUGCAAGGAACUUGCUCUAUUCUGAUUUUCCCAUGUAUUACACAUGGAAUAAGGCAACCAAAUCAUUAAAAAAACGUCAGCAUGGAGGUUGCAUUGGAAGAAUAUACAUGGCUCAUCCAAGUGAGGGUGAGUGA